AUGUUAACAGCUUUCCCUCCCUCCUUUAAAAAGAGACCGCUGGAAUCCACCACCAUUGGAUCACUGGGGGGAUCUGUGACCAUCCUGUGCCACCCAGAGGCUGCGCCCAGCCCCAACAUCACCUGGCUGUAUGAGGGACAGGUGAUUCCAGGUGAUAGUGGACAGGAAGGGACACCUGUCCACCUUCAGUCACUGACCAGUGGUCACCUGAGGAUUGUUAACCUGAGCUACACAGACCAGGGCUUGUACACCUGUAAGGCUGUCAAUAUACAUGGGACAGUACAGAGCUCCACUGAGCUGACAGUGCUAGGUAGGACAGUAAUGGUGGAGCGGCCCUCAACUGUUACAGUGGUGGUGAAUGGAACAGCCCUGCUGUCCUGUCGAGCUUCCUACAGCCCCGGUCUAGAACUCGUCUAUACCUGGUCCUUUAACGACCAAAGUAUAGAUCCUGAGCAGGAUAACAACUUUAAGAUGAGGAGUCCUUUCACUGGUGAUCUAUAUAUAGUGAUGACACAAUUCAGACAUGCUGGAGUGUACACCUGUACGGCCUCUACCCAGCUAGACUUUGUCAGUACGUCAGCUACACUGUCAGUUCUAGGACCCCCUGGGGAGCCCUUUGGUGUCCAUGUUGUCAAGAGACAAUCAUCCAUUGAUCCAUACAUUAUUCACCUUGCAUGGCAAGAUGGGGCCACUCAUGGGAGACCAGUGCAGGCUUACUCCAUAUUCACCAAGUCAAAUUACUCUGAGAGCAAAUGGAACAUGAUAAUGAAUAUUCCUCUGAAUUCGGUUACAGUGGAGGGAACUUUGAGGUCCGUUAAGGUCCUGCACCUGAGUCCUGGGUCCUCCUAUCGAUUCAAGGUCCUAGCCAUCAACAUCUACGGAGCUGGACCAACAAGUGCCCCUUCAGUGUGCCUGAAAUGUGCCUAUUAUUAA